UGGUCGUCAGGCUUUUCGUUUUAAUAUAUAUUUUUCAAUGCGUAAUGGGGAAACACGAAGGUUUCAUAGUCGGGGGUGACUAUGUUCGAAAUUUGUCAUAUUUUCCUUGGGCGGGAUAUCUGACGUUUUUGGGCUACGACGGGUCCUAUUUAUGUGGCUCAUCUAUUUUAAACCAAGAUAUAUUGAUAACUGCCGCGAACUGUUUUCCACUUACUAAUAUUUUCGAGAUAACAGCUACCGUUGGUCACGUGGAUACGUAUCAAGGAUAUGUUUACCGCGUCGAAGUAUACAAGCUCCACAGCAAAUUCAAUGAAGUCACCAUGGGCCACGACAUAGCUCUGUGCAAACUGAAGAAAAGCCUAUAUUUUAGAAAUAAUGUGAAGAGAUUGAUACUUAUGGAGCGUCCACCAAACGAACGGAUAGCUGAAAUGGUCGGAUGGGGCGCACUCGAAGAAAUUACAUUUAAGCUUACGCGUCUGCUAAAAACCGCAUACCAGAAUUUGUGGACUCGAGAAGUAUGCAAUGAUGUCUUAUACAAAUUACCCGAAGGAACUAUUUGCGGAGGGGAAGAAAAUGGUGUAGAUUUCCCUUCUAGUGGAGAUGAAGGCAGCGGCCUCGUAAUUAGAAGACGAAUAAUCGUUGGGGUGUACUCGUACAAAGACAUCCAGGUCUCUAGAAGUCUGGACAUCUACACCAACGUCUCACACUUCUACGGUUGGAUUGUGCGCAACGCAAGACGAUUAAAGUGUUACUAGGAAGAAAUCACAUUAUUUUCUAUUUUG